AUGGAAGAAGAGGAGGAAUACCAAGAAUUGAAGCCCAGUUGUUCCAGCAAUGGACAUUGGGGCGAAAUUUCUCAGUUUUUCAACAGACAUCAUGAAAGAAAUCUGGCCGAGAGGUGGAAUUUGGUAAUUUUGCGCUCAAUUUUCUUCAUCUGAACUGAAAUAAUGUUCAGUUUCGUGGGGACGAAGAAAGUUCGAGCGGAAAUAAGGAAUAUGAUCAUUUGGCUAAUAUUGCCAGCGUUUACAGGACGGCCACGGUUCCUAUGAAGGUUGGGAUACAUUUUUUUUUUCGAAUUGGAUUAUUUUCCGGGUACUCAAUCGUUUUUCCGUAAGAUUAAGAAUUGAAAGUUGAAGUUUGAAGAAAAGUCCAAAUUUUCUUUUUCCUAGUUUGAAGGGUAUUUUUGCAUUUUAAGUCGUGAUAAAUGAACUUUAAAGGCUGAAAAAAAGUGAUUCUGAUUAUUUAAAAUUUAAUAAAAAAAUUUAAUAAUUUUGAAAAAAAGAACUUGAAAAAAAUUACGUUCUCUGGAGAGAAAAAAAUCGAAUUUUGGCCUGAAAAUUGCUUAACUUUCUUGUUUUUUUCUAGUUAAUUUCAAAAAACCUUUUAAAUCAAUUUCUAAUGCCCUGAGGAACUAAAUUAAUCAAAUAAUUGAUAAGUUAUUAUUUGAAAAAGUUUCCAAAAAAAGCAUUAUUUUAAAGAAAAAUAUCAAGUUUCCGGCGUGAGAAAAAUCGAGAAAAAAAGAAAAAAAUUAGAAAAAAAUCUGUUAAAAAUUUUUUUAUUUUUUUUCGAAAAAAAUGAAUGUAUUUUUCAAGUUUUCUUCAGCAAAAAGAAGGGAAAACGUCGUUUACCUGCGAACUUUGCCUCGAAGAAAAAACCUACGAAUUGCCGAGAUCGGAAAUCGGAAAAAUUGAUCGUUCAUCGGCACCGGCAUCUUCAGAAGCACGUGUUUCAUGUGGUAGGUUGUUAAUAUUUCAGGAAACAUUGAAAGAAAUUCGGAGAAAUAAUUGAACUUUCUGUUUCAAUUCUUUAAUAUUAUAGUUUUGGACUUUAGAAGAUUAAUUGGCAUGCUGGAAAGUGCGCGCUGUGCGCACUCUUUUCUCGUGCGCACGUAAGGAAAAUGCGCACUCUUUUUUCAAAUUUUGUACAGGAAAUUGCGCGCUCUUUCUAACAUCAGGAAAAUGCGCACGGUUAUCAAAUUCCGCUCUUUUCAAGAUUGAAGUCCACAUAAACCAUCUCACUUUUCUCUUUGUCAUGAAGAAAUCUUUCAGCUAAAGAUGAAUUGAACAUCUUUUGAUUAUUUGAUAAUUUAUGGAGAAUAUUUCUUAUCAGGAAAUGGUCUGCGGUCACUUCGGAAUGAGACCAGGUGUAUUUUUUUGCAAAAAGUGAGAUGCUCUUUUUGAGACCAAGCUGAUUCCAAGCUUGGUCUCAAAAAGCUGCCGCAAAAAUCUGCUAAAAAAAGUGAGAUGCUCUCAAAAAUAUACAGAUCUUUUCCAUCUGAUAACAUUAAACAAUACAGGGUGGAGGAAUAAUUACUGCGACAAAAGUUUUUUUAGCAUUUGCUCUCGCCGACCCGAGCUCAUUUUUUUGUUCCAGUCAUUAUUCCUACCUUCAUCAAAGCCUUCUUCUAUAAUAUGAUGACCGCCGUGCCACGCUGACUUUCGGAAAAAGUCGUUUCUGCCUUUUGGGCGUUUAUGGCAAAAGCAGGCAGGCUUGGCUAUGAAGGCCUGAAGCCCCCUAGCCCUUGAUUUUUUUAAUUUCGAAAAAAAGCGCGGGCUCGGGCCAGAGAUUCAAGAAACUUUUUUUAUUUCAUUAAAAAAAUUUUCACCGAAAAAAAUUAUUUUUUUACAUGUUUAAUCACAUUUUUUUAAUAACUCAAUGAAGAAAAAAAUAAGCAAAAAAACCCCGCUUUUCUCGUUAAAAACAGCUAAAAAUUUCGAAAUGAAGAAAAAUUUGAUUAUUCGAUAAGGUCGCCCUGAAGCUCAGUUUGAACGUAUUUUUUUUAAGGUUUCGAUUCUCGAAAUUGAUAACGAUUCACGUCUAUGUAAGCCUGUCAAUUGACAGGAAUCGAAAAAUUGAAGGAAUUUUUUUUCCGAAAAAAAUAGACAUGUGUCUCUACUUGGCACGCUGUUUGGAUGCUCUUCAUAGGUGAAUCGAGAAAGGUUAUCGCGAGACCCUCUGAGGCAUAUCGCAGGGUCUGAAGCCUAUCGAUGGUAACCCGAGUAUACCUCUGAGGACUUUGAGCAAAAAUGAGAUAGACUUGAGGGAGACUCUAAAGUACCUCCGAGAUAGCUCCGAUAUAGCUAAAAAGGUAUGCUGGAGGUCUCACGAUGGACACAUUAUGGGGCCUUCACGAUCCAUUUUGAGAGGAAUUUUUUUGUGGAAAAAAAUAAAAGGUGCCCUUCUGAUUCGUCUGUGUUUGUACAGACAAAAAAAAAGUACAUCAUCGAAGCUCUCAAGAACGGUCAAAACCCCAGAGUAUUUGCAGCAACACUCACUGUUGCUAAUAUUAAUGAUUGGGCUAUUUUACUAUUCUAUCAUCCGAAAUACGCUAUUUUGCUUGAAACUUCGUAAAACGGCAAAACUCAGCUUUUUCGAGUCUCUGUAAGAGAUGAGGUCAACUCAGAGAGCAGUAAACAAAACAAUUUGAAAGGUGUGUACCUUUUUUCUCAGUACCUUAUGGGGUUUAGCAGAUAGUAUUGCCUGUUUUUAAGUACCCUUACUUACUAGGGAACUACUCGGACUCGGGUACGCGGAUCGAAUUCAAACUUUAGUGGUUUAUAGACCUAAGUGGGAACACUUGAAAACAAGUGAGAAUAUCUGCUAAACCCAAUAGAGAACUGAGAAAAAAAGUUAUUAGAAAAUGUGAAAAAUUAGACCUGAAAAAUUUUCAGAAUACUGCUUUUUACCUUAUUUAAUAUUUUAAUAAAAAUCGCCUUGAAUGAUCCGGCUAUGAUAAACACUAAAAAAACUUUUUUUCCAGCCAAAAGAAGGAUGAAAGCAAAAAAUUUGAUAGUUUUCAAGCCUAAACUGUUCAUUUUCAAAAAAAGCUUUUUCUCAGAAGCCUAUAGGGUUUAGCAUAUAAACUCUCUUGUUUCCAAGUACUUUUUACCCGGGUCUAUAAGCCACCAAAGUUUUAACUCGAUCCUUGAAUGCGAGUUCGCGUAGUUCUCUAGUCAGCUCAAAGCCAAUUUUUCGAGUCCUUAUCGUAAGGUCUUAUCCGGUUAGAAAAAAAUGGAGUCUUGUUCUUUUUCUGUUAUCCCAUUGACUCCAAAAAUUUUUUUGAGAAACUUCAAUGUGCCUCUUGUAACAGUACACACCAGUUUGCCUACUGACUUUUUGGCCGUUCUGCUCAAAAAAACAAAAAAACUGAUUUCGACCAUCUGCGUACCGCAGUCAAUUGGGUGCCACUACAUUUUUCGAGCGGCAGUUCAUGUUAAUUUUUUUGAUUAAAUCCCUGUAAAAACUUUAUAAAAAAAUAAUUGUGAGUUCCCGGUCUUUAUUGACUAUUGACAAUUGACAUAUUGACAGCUCCUUCAUUUUGUCGCAGUAAUAAUUCAUCACCCUGUAAAUUUUUCUUCAGAAAUAUUUUUGAGCCUCGUAAGGUCCUUUUCGAUUUGUAUUUCACAUAUUUCCCUUUUAUAAUAUAGUUUGUCCAUGUUUUGAGUUUCAAGCAGCAAUCUCUGCCCCAAACAAAGCCUGUGAGUGGCUCGUUCUCUGAUUGGUUUGAUCUACACAUAAGAGGCGGAGUUCGACCGAUGACUUGAUAUUCAAAUUCUGAACAAACUAUAAACGCCGACUUUGGCUUUCUUCGGAAAAAUAACAUUACAAAAAUUUAAAAAAACACAUUAUCACGUGAAGGGUAAAUCAGUCUGACCAGUCUAGUGACCGCCUGGUAUUAUUAUUGAAAAAGAUGAAUGCUGAAAAAUCAGUUAUAUAAACUUCAAAUAAUCCGAAAGGACAAGAUUUGAUAACCGUGCGCAUUUUCCUGUUGUUAGAAAGAGAGCGCAAUUUCCUGUACAAAAUUUGAAAAAAGAGUGCGCAUUUUCCUUACGUGCGCACGAGAAAAGAGUGCGCACAGCGCGCACUUUCCAGCAUGCCAGAUUAAUUCUAUUGUUGAAAGGAACUCAAUAUUAUGGACUAUAUCGUAGUGAGAGUAACGCUAUGCCGCGAGCGAUAUCGCUUUUUCUUUUUCUGCGAUGUCGCAGAAGUCUUUCGCUAUAUCGCUCUGAAAAAUGUUUUCUUUAAUUUGAUUCAUUUAAUCAUAAAAAUAAAAAUAAAGCAAAAAAAUUUAUUUUAUUCUCAAAUUUAUGAGAGGUGCAGCAGGCAGUUUUGUUGGAUGGAGUUUGUAAUUAUUUCAAAGUUGCGAAAAUGUGUUAGAGAAAAUUGGGACUAUCAGUAAAAAAAAAUAAAUUCAAAAAAAGUUCUAUAACUAAAAAUGAACUUAUUAUUCAGCCCGGCGACGUCUGUCCAAUUUGUGCGGUCAUUUUGCCCCGCGGAACUCUCAUCGAUCAUUUUGUAAUGACUCAUCAAGGUUAUUUCUCAACAAUUUCCAGAAAAAUCAAUGUUACUUUAAAAAAAAAGUUGGCUUGAUACGAGUUAGCCGCGCGGAGGAUGGCUCAACUACACGUUGAGGCCAACUAAUUUUUUUAGUUUUUUUCGGAAAAUUGGAAGAUUUCAAUGGAACGCGAAUAAUGAAAAAAACUCUACUUUUCAAAAAUCACAGUUUUAUAACUUGAAAAAAAGUUGGCUUGAUACGAGUUAGCCGCGCGGAGAGUGGCUCAACUACACGUUGUUCAUUUUUUUGAAUCACUUUGAGAAGUUUGAGAAGUCACUGGAAAGCUUGAAAUGAAUAAAAUCGAUUUAUACCUACCACGUUUUUGAAAAAUCACAGUUUUUUUGCUCAAAAUUAUGAAAAAAGGACCUUUUUUUAUUCUCGGUUGAACUUUUUGAUUCAAAGUUGCGAAUGAACCUCAUAAAUCAAGUUAAAAAAAUUUCCCAAUAUAAGUAUAGAUUGCGGAUUUUCUCCUGAUUUUAUUCUUGAAAUUUUUUUAAUUUUUUUAAAAAGUAGAUAUUUUGAAUAUCCCGAACCAGAUUAAAGAGAUUGAAGCUUGAACUCAAAAAAAUAAAAAAAUUUUUUUCUCUUUUUCAUAGUUAAAAGAAAGCAUUUCUGGGUUUUUAAGCUGUGAUGAAUGAACUCCACAUUGUUAAAAAAAUUUCUGAGUGCUCAAAAAUUGGACAAAACCAUGAUUAUUAUAAAAAAAAUCUAAUUGCUUUUCUCUUUUCAUAAAAAGCGAUUAUCUCAUAGUUCCUUUUUUCAAAAUAUUUCUAAAUUUUUCAGAAGUUUUCGAAAUCGUAGACGACGUUAAAAAUCGCGACCUCGACGUCAUCGACUUCAAUUCCCACGCGGAGACUUUGAUCCAUGAAGAGUAUCAUUUUAUUUUGAAACAGUAAACAAAGGUUUCUUUGAGGCUUUUCGACGCAAAAUUGUCGAGAAACGCGACGGUUCGAUAUAAGCAGAUCGGCCGUCGAAAGUCCCUUUUUCAGGCUUUUGUCGCUUUUGGUGAGAAUCCGGUGCUACAAAAAGAGCGAUUUUUCAUUUUUCGAAGGGUACUGUAUGUAAAAGUCAGCAAUGAGUGUGUUUACGUAUUUUUUGCGUUAUACUCGUGUUACCCAUUUUGAUUUUGAUUUCUAUGUUUUUGUUUCAUAAUGGAUCAGAAUGUAUAGGUAAUUCAACUUUUUUCUAAAUUUCUAGUCCAUUUUCAUAAAAUUUGGAACAAACCUGGGUAGAAAAAACGCGGAGACACUAAAAGUGUGCAAACACGCCAAAUGCGGACUUUCCCAUACCGUAGUCUUGGGAAAAUGGAAAAAAUUCCAGUGGCCACUUUAGGGUUUCGACGUAUUAGAGACCAUUGCAGUAGUCGAAUUAGGGACCACUCAAGUGGCUAAAAUUUAGUGAGCCUUUUAGGGAUCUAACUGGUAAUACUACUUCACUAAAAUCUACUGUAAUGGCCGUUAAGACGAAAAAUAAAGGCUUCUAUGGAGGUUUUUUUCAGUGACCUCUAUAGUGUCCUUGAGGAACCUCUUAAGUGGCCCCUAGAAGUUUUCCAGUUUCGUAUUAUCAACUUUUGUUGUUUCAGAUGGACGCCGGCAGUCUUUUAUCGAUGAUUACCGGGGAAAUAAAGACGUUUCCUUCAUUUUCCGAUUAGCCCUCGUCAAAAAAAGGCCAGCCUAUCGGUGGUUCGUUUCAUGGGAACUAGAUAAUUUCAAACUUUCAAGCCAAAUUGAAACAGAAAUAAAAUUUUUAAUUCUAAAAAAUUUGCCAAACCCUUCACGGAACAGGUUUCAAAUUUUUAUUUUAACGAAAAAAGUUUUUUCUGUAUUAAUAAUAAUAAUAUUCUCUCAUGGAAGUAUGAGAAAUCUUAAACGUUCAUUUUUGAAUCAUAUUUCUAAGAAAUUGCUAAAAAAUGGCUAUUCUGUCAAGUUGGAUCAGUGAAAAUGCAUUGAAAAAAUGUUCAUUAAAAAAAAAGAAAUUAUUCCCAUAGUGAGAGCUUUAUUGAUGUUUAUAGAAAUUUCAGUGGCUUUUUUUAAAAAAAUUUUUUUCAGUUAUUGAAUCUUAAUUGUGUUCUGUGAUAUCCAAAAAAUCUGCACUUCAACUAAAACAUUUUUUAAAGGCUUAGAAGUCUUUUUUCCCCCACUUCAAACCCUAUUCUUGUAUUUUCUAAUGCUCCUUCAAUCACCCCAGCUGGGAUUCUUUAAAAAGCUCUAAAAAACCUAUUUUUUCGUGAAAAACAUUAUUUUUAAGGUAUUGUGUCCUAUGUGAAGAAGAGCAUUUCCAAGAUCUCCGCUUUUACGACGAUAUUUCCGUCAAAAUUUUCGCCCUGGCCCAUUUGAUCGAGAAACAUAACCAGUACAUGGACGACAUGUAUGGCGCCGAUGUGUUGGACAAUGAAUUGUAG